AUGGAUUCAGGAAACCACAAGGAGUUUGUUCUUGAGGGGUUAGCAGAGACCAGGGAACUGCAAGUGUUAUUGUGUAUCCUCCUCUUGAUCUUCUACGUCAUCAUUCUUCCUGCGAACCUUCUCAUCAUUGUGACUAUUUUGAAAGACCGCCAAUUGGGAGCUCCCAUGUUUUUCUUCUUGGGCAACCUGGCUUUCAUGGACAUUUGCUACAGCUGUGUCACCCCUCCAAAGAUGAUAGUCAACUUCUUCUCUGGAUGCCAAACUAUCUCAUUCAAAGGUUGCCUGACACAGCUUUUUUUCAUCCACUUUCUAGGUGGAGCUGAGAUCAAUCUCCUUAUUUCCAUGGCAUUUGAUCGGUAUGUGGCUAUCUGCCACCCAUUACAUUAUGUUACUAUAAUCACCAAACCAGCGUGCUGGGCUUUAGUGGUGACUGCAUGGGCUGGAGGAUUCACACAUUCCAUAAUUCAGGUCAUUAUCAUCCUCCCACUCCCUUUCUGUGGUCCCAAUAAACUGAAGAAUUUAUUCUGUGAUGUCACCCAAAUAAUCAGGUUGGCUUGCACCAACACCUACAAUCUAGAAUUUGCUAUGUUUAUCAACAGUGGACUUGCAACUGCUGGAUGCUUCAUCCUCCUUCUCAUUUCCUAUGGGGCACUGCUGGUCAAAGUGAGGACAGGUGCCAGCCAAGGGAAGACCAAAGCAUCUUCUACUUGCAUCACUCACAUCAUCAUCGUUUUCAUCAUGUUUGGUCCAGCCAUUUACCUCUACUGUCACCCCUUCUGUGACUUUCCCUUUGACAAAAUGGUGGGAUUUCUCCACACUGUGGUUUUCCCUUUGAUGAACCCCAUGAUUUACACCCUGAGGAAUAAAGAAAUCAAAGUUGCCAUGUGGAGACUGUUGAAGAACCGCAACAUCUAG